AUGCUUCGAAUACCCGAGAAAAGACAAAAGAAGCUCUUUGCAGGUGAAAAAUGCUCAAUCUGCGACCGAGAAGCGAACGGAAUCAAGUACAAUGCGAUCAGUUGCGAUUCGUGUCGCGUUUUCUUCAGAAGGAUCGUCCUUUCUAUGGAGAAAAGUAACAAGACGCAGCUCCCGUGCAUCCGGAACAAAAUGUCGAGCUCGUUAUUUGGUCUUACAGCGAGAGAAGCAUCACUCAAAUGCCAACACUGUCGUUUCCUCGCCUGCACGAAUGCGGGAAUGUGCGCAGAAUACGUACAAGGAACUGCUGCGUUUCGAAACAAGAAGCGGAAAAGGGAAAGCUCCGGGGCCUCUCAAACGGGUGCAAGCUCACCAAAUCGCGCACGCUUGACUUCGUCCGAAAACUCCCCCGCCGCCAGUCCUCAAAGUUCAAAUAUCUUCGACUUCAGCAGCAGAAGCCCGAGUCAGCAAGAGCAGACUUCAAAUGCUCUUUAUCGCGUUCCACCGGUGGUGCAAACAUUUUAUACAGAAUCGAGCGAGGUGCGAAGGCUCCUGUCAUUCUGGGAAGAUUACGCGGGCAUACGAGCAACGAGCGAAAUGAGCAUGAACAGAUUUCAGCAGAAUAUAAACGGGCGCUUUUUUGGCCCACCAAGUCCGCCUCAAGUCGCUACUAUUUGCAGUCAGACUGAUCGUCCCGUUCUACGGCAGAAAGUAAGCGGCCUUCUCUUCUCCCAUCUGGAAAAAGUCAUGGGUUUCGUUGAAUCGCUUCCAUUCGUGACGCAAUUCUUUCCGGACAAACGCCAACGCGAUCGAAUCACAAUGAGCUGUUUUGUCGAACUCAUCGUUUUACGUUGGGCGGCGACGACGAAUGCCCGUGCAUCGAUGAUCACCGGCAUAGACGGAGCCAACUUCAGUGUUGCCAAAACGGUCAGCGUCGGAAACAACUGGGGCGCCAAGUUCAAGGAGUAUUUUCUGCUCUCUCAAAGAAUUCGAGCGAUCGGGGUCGACCAAGUCGAUUUGAGCCUCAUGGCCGGGCUCGUCCUCCUCACCUCCGAUCGCCACGACGACCUCGACCAGCAACAACGAAACGCCUUAUCAUACGUUCAAGAGCUUUUUGCCACUGUGCUCUACCAAAAAGCGAGCCAAGCGGGUCAAUCGUCCAAAGUCCACAAAAUCUUUUCCAUCCUCUCUUCGAUGCGCUCAAAAAUCAAAAGUCUUGACUUGACGCCUGUCUCCGGCUUUGAACGACGAAUCAUGCUUACUGACGAUCUGACAAUUAAAGUUUGA